UCGUAUUCCAAAAUUCGAUGUGUUAACACCUUUGGAAAUAGUUUGUGUCUUACGUUUUCCGGUACCUAUUUUGUUGUUUCUAAUAUCCUAUUUCUGUAAAUAGGCCGAAUUCCAUUUAGCUGCCCUUUUAGAAGGAAAUUAGCAUACCCUGAACACUUUUCCCAAGGCAAACUAAAAUCAUCAUGUGUUGCGGACCCUGUGGACCUCGCUGCUGCGAUCCCUGCGGCGGAUGCUACAACUGCUGCGUGGAACUCUGCUGUGUGCCCUGCACCCCAGCCUACAUCCAGUGCUCCUUUAUGCCCUGCGGUCCAAGAGGCUGUUGCUGAAGUGGGAAUAAGUCAGGUGCCGAAACAAGUCCAACAAUAUUGUACCUGAAACACUCGUAGAUACACAACAUGUCCCAAUAAACGAAUUUAAUAAAUGUUAAUAGCUUGU